AUGGCUUCUGUGGCCGAGGAAUCGGUGCCGCGGGGCUGGGCGGCGGAGGCGCCGCGGGGGGGGGGCGGCGGAGGUGCCACGUGGGGAGGCGGCGGAGGUGCCGCGGGGGACGGCACAGGUAGUGUGGCCAAAAAAGUCCGGGUGUCCAAGCCCGGACGGGACACCGGCAAAAACAAGUUAUCGAUGACGCAGCGAUUGCAGAUUGUCAAGGAGGUCCAGGGGGAGGGCAAGAGGAGCAUGGUUGCUGCAAAGCGGAACGUCGGUACUUCGUACAUCAGCAAGUUGAUGAACCCGUAGCAAAUCGCUGAGCUUGAGAAAGUCCCCGUAACGGAGCUCAACCAGGACGCCCUUCGCGCCCCGAAGCCGGUACUCGACGAAGUGGAAGAGAAACUACGCAAGUGGAUCAAGAUCGCACGAGCACGCUUUAACGUAGGUACAUAUUUUGCGUUAGUCAUGUGUUGGUCAGGAUACAACUUGGUUGUCUAUACGCUUACACUCUUCCGCCCCUACGCCUCCUCCCACCCUCGACCACGCUGCUGGCUGGCCGACUGAACGCACAACCAAUUCAAGGGAGAGUUGAUCGAAACCAUGUCGUUGCUGUUUUAUUAAUGUCUUUCCCGACGCAGGCAACCAAGAUUGGCGUGAGUGGUUCGAUGAUCCAGGCCCACGCCUUGAAGAUCGCGGCGCAGAUGGGGAAGACCAACUUCAAGGCGACCAACGGCUGGCUACAUCGCUUACUGAAACGCUACAGCUUCACUCACGUCCAAUUGCACGGAGAAGCUGGCGACGUGGACAAGCAGAAGGUGGCAGAGGAGAUCGAGAGGAUUCGUGAGCAGCUGCAGGAGUUCGGCGUCGAGUUCAUUUUUAUCAUGAACGAGACGGGACUUUUCUUCCGCUGCUUCCCGAGAGGUACAUAAGUCACGAGGGGGGAGGCCGCCGCCGGCGUCAACAGCAAAACCGCGCGGGGUUCGAAGGCCAUGAAGGCCAAGGAUCGGUGCACGGUGGUCGCCUGCUGCAAUGCGACCGGAUCUCUGAUGGUGCCGAGGGCCGUCAUCAGCACGUCGAAAAACCGAUGGUUUUCCGCCACGUGUCCCUACUUCGCCCAGGAGAGUGCCGGGCUCGACGCAGCCAUUUGCCAGUGGUGGUUUGACGAAGUCUUUGUCCCUUCGUCAAACGCAAGACCUCCAAGAAGGUGGCCCUCUUGUGGGACAACUUUCCCGGCCACAAGAUCAAAAGCAACGACCCGCAGAUCGUCAUCAUCUUCUUGCCUCCGAACGUCACUUCUGUCUACCAGCUCAUGGACAUGGGCAUCCUGUUUGUACUCAAGUGCCAGUACAAGACCGAGGUGGUGGCAAGGCUGGCAGACCUCAUCGAGGACUGGGACACCGUCCGUGCACGAAAAAUCCAAAGAGGGUGCCGGGGCCUCAGCGAUGCAGGACAGGCGACAAUGCUGGACGUCACGGAGAUCUGUUCCCAGAAGUGGCGUAGCUUCGACUUUCAGACGGUCAUCAGGUGCUGGCUCAAGGCUGGCAUCCUCCCCAGGGAGCACUGCAACGUUCUCAGGGGCAUGGACACGCGGCUUGACCGAGAGGACAAGGACGAAGCGGCAAUCAUCGACGGCCUUUGUGACAUGGUCUCAAAAAUGUCGAUGCCAGCUAGCGUAACGGACUAAAGGUCCAUGCCGCGAGUGUUGACAGGCGAUUUGUUUGUCGAGAAGGGGCACAGACCUCACAGAGCAGGAAGUCCGAACGGCGGUCAAGACGUGGCUUACCGUAGAGGACGACCCCGAGGUGUUAGAAGAGGAGGUGGAGUUGGAACUGCAGGCAGUAGAGAGGGAUCUCGCCGGCUUAGAAAUGGACGACGACGAAUCGAGCGAAGAGGGCGACGGCGACGGCAGGCCGGAGUCGUGCAUAACCUGGUUCCUCACCGGGGGCGAGGUCACUCUCGCUUGGAGGACGUUCGAUCCUACUUGUACGCGAAGGGAAGGGUUGGCGAGUACCGUGAGACGCAGUACCUUCUUUCGAAGACCGUUCAUUCGUUUACUCAUGAAACUCAACAGAGCCGUAGAGCCAAGCCGCGGGGGGAGGUUCAGGGAACUCUUCGCGAUAUGUGGAGGGAAAAGCCGUCAGGGUAGCUUGGUCUCCGCCGGGACAGUUAUAUGUACUGGUGUUCCUCGGUGCGACGCUGAAACACCCUCGUUUUUUUGUGUUUCACGAAAAUGAGAUAAAUAUACUUCUACUUGGACUUUCCUCCUU